CAAUUUUGACAAUUUGCUUUGCCAGCCGAUGUAAUUUUAAUUUUUAUUAAAGUUCUUGAUUUUGAUUUAUAAUUAAAAUAUCGUUUUUGACACAAAAUUUAAUAAAUACUGUUAACUUAAAAUUGAAAAGUUAUACAGUAAUAAAAAUAUUAUCCAAUGUUACCACCUUGUGUGUAGUAAUAAAUUUAAUCAUAAAUAAAAGGCAAUGAUAUGGAAUUUAUUGAAUUGAUAUUGAUAAAUAAACUAGACGGAGUAAUAUUAAAAUAUCCACAUCAUGAGAAUGUCGAUGGCACAGUGUGUAUUACAGGACAUCAUCUUAUUUUGAGUUCUAGGAAAGAAGGCGUUCGCGAACUAUGGCUCCUCCACAAGAAUAUAGACAGCAUAGAAAAGAAAGAAAAUAAACCAAGUAGUGGAGUGAUGCAAGGAGGUUCACUGUUCCUCAAAUGCAAGGAUCUAAGGAUAUUCCAGCUGGAUAUAGCUGCCAGUAAUGAGUUAAAUCUCGUUGCACAAACUUUGGAAAACCUUUCCAAUUUGCAAGAUCCUGGGCUUUUCUAUCCAUUCUUUUAUAGACAUAUGCAUCCUAUUAUGGAGAAUGGUUAUACACUUUAUAGUUUAGAAGAAGAAUUUACAAAAGUCCUAGCCACAGAAGAGUGGAGAGUGUCACGAGUCAAUCAAAACUAUACAGUAUGCUCGAGCUAUGGAAAGGCUGUGCUAGUACCGAAGAGCAUUGAUGAUGAGACUCUUAUUGCUGCGGCCACUUUUAGACAAGGGGGAAGGUUCCCUGUUCUUUCAUAUAGGCAUAAUAAUGGGGCAGUAUUGAUUCGUGCUGGUCAACCACUGUACGGCCCGAAACAUCGUCGUUGUCGGCCUGAUGAGGCGAUUCUGAACACUGUCGUGGCUGUGGGCACUAAGGGUGUCAUAUAUGACUUGCGUAGUUCUAAUUCUAUCUCACAGCAGCAGAAUAAAGGUGGUGGUACAGAGAGUAACUCCAAUUACUCUCAAUGGAAAAUCUACAACAGAUCAAUGGACGAAGUGGACAACCAACAACAACUCUUAGAUAGUUUUUCUAAAUUAAUUGAAGCGUGCAACGAUCGCGAAAUAUCAAGCGAUAAGUGGGUGUCGAAGCUGGAGUCGUGCGGGUGGCCGGAGAGCGUACGGAACUCGCUGCAUACUGCAUGCAUUAUCGCUCAGCACAUACACCAAAAAGCUGAACCCGUAUUGAUUCACGGCACGCGUGGUGAAGAUGCGACCUUGCUUGUGUGUUCAUUGGUGCAGAUCAUACUGAAUCCCGACUGCAGGACUAUAAGGGGGUUACAAGCUCUGAUAGAGCGGGAGUGGCUGCAGGCGGGUCACCCGUUCGGUGCUCGGCUGCGUGGUGGUGCCUACAGCUCGCACUCGUCGCAUCACACGUCGCGAGCUGCGCCCACCUUCCCUUUAUUCCUGGACUGCGUGAGACAGUUCCUCGAACAGUUCCCAUGCAGUUUCGAGUAUCGUCAGUCCUUCCUCAUCACGCUCUUCGAGCAUUCUUAUGCUAGUCAAUUUGGGACAUUCCUGUGCGACAACGAUCAAGAGCGCGAGUCUCGAGGCGUAUACGAACAGACGACCAGCAUCUGGUCGUGGGUGAACCAGCCGGAUGAGCUCACAACCUACAUCAACCCGCUGUACGACCCUACCCCCACGGUCAUAUGGCCCUCGGUGGCUCCUAUGAGUUACGUCAUAUGGGAAGAACUGUAUCUCCGUUGGUUGAUUGAGCAACACACGGAAGAACGGGAGGAGCAGUACAGAACAAUUAGAGCUCGCGAACAACAAUUGCGCUCUCAGGCGCAGCUACUACGAAGGGAGCUGUUCGACAUCGCGCAUCAGUACUACGGAGACGGGAAACAACAGGUUAUUAAUGAUAAGUAGCCAGGUUAUGAUUAGAUUAUGGCGGGAAGUUAUUGACACUUUUAAUUUUCAAAAUGUCAUAAUAUUUUAAUAUUUCAGUCUCAAUUUUGGUUAGUUGCGUUAUAUAAAUCUCUAUAUGGAAUGAAUAAAAUAUUAUUAUUAUUGCGUUAUAUAUUUUUAUAUGCAAGCAGUUAUUUAUAAAAGUAUUUUCUUACACUUCAAGAUUGUGAUGAGGUGAUGUAUACCAAUUAGAGAGAAAAUGAUACUUAUGAAUGUAGUUUCGACUUCGAGCCUACUUUCAGCAGGUUUGCUGCCGAAAUUGAAACCGAAUUUUCGUGUUGGGUACUAUUGUAGUGAUUUCUUAUUAAUUUCAUAUAUUCUAUGCCUACUCAUAAGGUGUAUGCGCACUUAUCCUCGUCGAACACGAAUUUUAUCUUGUUAUUAAAUCUUAGAAAACCUCGCUCACCGAUUUGCGUUGAAUUGCUAGAUUAUACGGAGUUAAAUCGAAACUUAGUAUACUUUAGAGAGUAUUUUAUCAGUUAUACUGAAUAUUUCACCAAUGAAACACGGAAUUAAAAACGACAAAAUUUUUUACUGCUCUUAUAACUAACACUAACACUGACGCGCUCAGCUGUUUAGUUACUAUGGAAAAUUUAUAAUUUAUUGUCGUUUGCCGAAUUUUUGAUUCGCAAAAUUUCUGCUCUGAUAUUUUAUAGCAUGUGUAGAUUUCUUUUUUAAUAACCGCCUACGAUUUUAAUUUUUCUCUGUAUAGGUAUACAGGGUGAAUAUCCGAUAGAUAUAGGUAUAUCGAUUAGUUAUUUAGAUACAAUAGCGAAUUAUUGAGGAUUCGGUAACAAAUUCUCAAUAAAUGCCAAAAACGUCAUUGAUUCGAUGACGCGAUUGGGAGCGGUUUGCAGGCGACUGGCGGUGUACUUUGUAACGCUAUUCUUUCGGUGCGGAUAAGUGCGUGUUCACCUUUAAACUAAUUAUAUAAGAUCUUCAGCUUUUUAUAUUGGACCUAAUUAUUAUGUUACAAAGUAACUAAAUGGUGCGUGCUUAUACACCAAUAUGUAGAUAAUUAAGUUUAAACUUAAGACAAAUAAGACUGCCAUUUUCAUAUUGCUAUACCAUAAUAAUUGAUUUAUCCUAAAUCUCGCCUUUUUGCCACAAAUGUGUGAAACAGAACGUACUUACAAAGACUUCUAAAUACAGUAUAAUUAAAAAUCCAGAUAUUUAUGAAAAAAUUAUUAAAUUUAUGAAAAUGUCCGGUUUUUUGGCGCAUUUAUUACUAAUGUUGAUAAGAGAUUUGCAACAUAUUAUUUACAGAUUAGCUCUCUAACCGCCAUACUUAUGUAAAUAAUAUUAUUUUAUUAUAGUAAUCAUAGCCCUUUCUCUUUAUUGUCGAUUACCUAUGUGAUAAGUAUAAUUAUGAAUAAAUCUGAUUUUCUCAUACUAUAUAUAUAUUAUUAUAUAUAAUACGUUAUUUCAUGCGAGAUAUGUUUACGGAAAAAUUUACAAAUAUAACCGCGUAGUAAAUCUCGCAUUAGGGACUCAUUGACACUCUUUGAAAUUGCGUAUAUGUGUGAGUGAGCCGUGUAUUUACAAGCGAACUAACGCGCUAUGAUAAUAUUUCAUUAGUGAUUAUUCAUGCGAAAUAGUGAUGUGCCGUGUCGGCCAUUUUUUGUAUUCGAAUAUUUUGGUACUCAUUAAAAAAUAAUCGGAGAGUAAGAAGUACGUGUAUGGAUAUUCGAGUACUUCAUCGGAUUCCAUAUUGUUUUAAACUUUUCUGAAGCUUACUUUUUGUUUUGACCGUUGAUAAUUAAGAAAAAAUUCAAAAUUAUGAAAUCAUAAAAUAAAACAAAAUUUUUUGACAAGCAUGUGACUAAUAUUCGAGUUCUAGAAGUACUUGAAUCUUGUAUUCGAGUCAGCUUGACUUGGCACAUCACUAACGCGAAGUCUUUUUUCUCGUACAUGUAGUCACAUCUAGGGAAACAUUUCACAUAUUAUGGCUUUAAGAGAAAUUUCAUUAAAUUAAUUUGAAGACACUAAUGAUUAUAUAAUUUUAGUAUAUAUUACGUAAUAUACUAGAAAUAGGUUAGACUUGCAACAUUCCCUUCCUCUAUUAAAAUAGAAAUAUUAUUCAUAACAUUAUGGUACAAAAAAACAUAUAUGAUAUCUUAAUAUUGAUUGAAACAGAAAAUUUUAUUUAAAAAAAUAUUUUUUUUUUAAAUAAGCAACUAACUCAAUCGAAUUUAGGCUUUGUGAUGUUCCAUUUUUAUUAUCUGCGUUCAAUAUCGCCCGCAUGGGUAUAAUUAUGUUACCUCUAUAGAAAUUUUGGGUUAAUGUGCUUACGGUAUUGAGGGCAAGAAAAUCAAAGCUUACCAAUACGUCUUCCCACAACAAUUUUUAUUUUAUUUCACACGCUGUAUCAUAAAGUUAAAACGUGCAACUAUUUUUGUAACUCGUUAAAAAAAAAAACGAAUAGAGAUUAUUUAUUCGGCACGUAUUAUUUUUAAAUUCAGACUUCUAUGUGCAGUGUUCAAGUAUUCUAUAUACAUUAAGCCAAAAAUAUUUUAUAUUUUGACGACCAUAAUGUAUUUAUUGUAUUUAUAAAUAUUAUAAAAUUUUGUCAUAGAUUUUAUUAAGUAAAUAUAAUAGUAUCGUCAUAUACUUUUCAUGAAAAUAUGUAUACUUAAGUGGCGGCCUAAACUAUUGUAUUAAGUAUGGAAUUUAACCAUUCUGUUUUAGUACUAGAUUUGUUAUAAGUAAUUUUAUAAAGAACUAACUGUAAUUCGCGGCUUUGCACGUGUGAAUUAAAGUCAAUCUACCCUGUAUGUAUUAAAUUCACCCAUGUAUUAAAUUCCAUCAAAUCUGUUCGCUUAAAAAAGCUAUAUAUUCUAAUGCAAUUUUCGACAAUUUAUUAAAUUUUUUUCGACAUAAAUUAUUAUAAUUAAAAUCAUGUAUGAACAUCACAUUGUCCAUGAAAUAUACAUACUUAUUUACCUUUAAUACUUUAAUGCGGAAUCUAUGAUAUAAAAUAACAGGUCAGUAUUGAGUACGAGUCUUAAAAUUCGAUACUUAUUUAUGUAGGUACAGCUUGGAUAAAAGAUUUUAAUAUCGUUCAAAUAUAUCACUUUAGAUCCAUGUUAGAAACAAUACACAAGCAAAAUAUACAUAAAAAUAAAACAUACAUUUUAAUAUCCAACAAUUCGAUAAUGCUACACGUGUAACCCUAUUAUUAUGAUGUGAAAGUUCAAAAUAAUUUGUACAGAUUUUCCUAGUAUGUAUUUCUCUAUUCUCAUCGAUACAAAGGAAUGGAAAGUUGAUAUCUACAUUUGGAAAAAUGCUAUUUGUGUGUACAAUUGUUUUAGAAAGUAUUUUGUGUAUGAUAAUGACCCCACAGCGUCUGUAAUGUGGUAGUUACCCGCAUUCCGUGAAGUCGGAGUCGGGAUUAUAGACAUAGCAUGCGAAGACGAAGAACACGGGACUUUAAAGUCUUUUGUUUACGCAGCUGUCAAAUUCUGUCCGCGGAUAAAAUUUCCCGAUGCAUUUGCCUUUUAAGUCCAACGAGGGACAGCUCUAUUCUAAACACAGUACCAGACUUAGGAAAGGUUCAGAGACCCGAUCCCGAAAGCCGAGAGGGGCGUCGAAGUUUAAAGGUUCACAUAAAAUACGUCCUGUAAAUAUCGAAUAUGUAAAUAUCUUGUGACCAUUUUCUACGUCGUCAGAGGAGGAUGGGCACGAGGGGACGCCUCAAUAAAGGUCACAGCAUUGACCUUUGUUUUUUUUCGUCACCGCAAGUGUGGGCGCCAUUAGCAAUUUGCCCAGUAAUGCUAAGUAAGCUAAAGCCAGCUCUGCCAUAAUAAAACACCUCAAAUUGUAUAUUCUUCAUACAGCGCGUAUUACGCAAACACGAAACUUUAUCCGCAGACAAAAUGUCAGACGUUUGAAAAGGCUUAUACUUCGGGUGCACGAAGUUCCGGAUUUGAUCUCAUUCGGGCUAAUUUGUAACAAUUUGAUUUGUAUUACGUGUUGUAUAAUUCUUACAGCAACGGUUCUAUCGAAUUAAUAUAAAAAAAAAUCAUUUUAUUGUAUACCUAUUAACCACCAGGCCGUUAAUUUGUAACCAGCCAAUUGUAGUACAAUACUGCAGCGGCCAGCAACUGAGGCAUUGAUGAACGAACGUGCAAAUUUGGGCCGAGGUGUAGCCGAGGCACACAUACGUGAGUCCAUCAAUGUCUAGUUGUGGCCAAGACUUGUAUACUACUUUUCUCAAACAAUGCGCGGAAAUUAAAAACAAAAUUUUACUUUUUAAGUUCAAUGACGAAUAACGAACAAUAAUAUUUUUUCACGCGCCAUAAUGUUCCUUUGUUUUUUUUUUUCAAUAGACAGCUUCUUUUUGCAAGCCAGUUCGAAAUUUAAAUAAAACAUUUUAUUAGUUACCUCCCUGGUAGCCAUGUUUCGAAGUAAAAGGUCAUUCCAUUUUUAAAUUACAGGAUAGAUAUGAGUUUACAUAGUAAUUUAUCUGGCUGCAAAACACGACAGAUAUGGACUUUCAUACAACUUUUGCCGGCCGCUGCCCGCAUGUAUCUGGCCAGUACGGCAAUUUUGAUUUAUCUCUAAGAAGAUUGUCAAAAUAAUGCUCACAUUUCCAAGCAUGUUUGAGAAAAUGUGAUUAUCUGAUUUUUGUCAUUGUAAUUUAUUUUGAUUCUUAUAUAAACUGACUUCUUCUUUUACUGUUGUUCUUAUGAUGAUAUUCUAAUGAAUAGCGGGAUAUUCUAAUGAAUUUUGAACUUUUAUUUAUAUUUUAAACAGAUUUUUAGUCCCACUGUAGGUACUAUAUUUAUGCAGAGUAUAUUAAUCAAAUCAAAGUAUGUACCUACACAUGACAUAAGUAUUAAUAUAUUAUAUAUGUAUAAACAAUGUCACAUGUAACGAUUUAAAAUUAUUUAAUGUCAAUUGGAGAUGAAUGAAUUUAUUUAUUGGUCAAUUAAAUAUUGCACGGCAUA